AUGCGCUUGCACGACAUAGUGUCAUGGAACUUUUUGAUCUCAGUCUAUGCCCUUAAUAGUAUUCGAAAAUGGCCAUGGAAAGACCAGCGGUCGUGGACGGCCUUGAUCGCAGUACUUGCCAGAAACGGCCAUAUGCAAGAUGCGAUUAAUGCGUUUCAGGCCGUGAAUCUCGAAGGGAUUUCACCGGACGAGAUCUCUUUUGUUGCAAUCCUGAGCGGAUGCAGCCACGCGGGGAAGAUCAUUGAUGCUCGAGAACACUUCCUGUUGAUCCAAUCAGACUUUGGGAUCGACCCAAUUGUGGAUCACUACAGGUGCAUGGUUGAUCUGCUUGGGCGGGCUAAGCGGCUGGAGGAGGCCGAGAAUCUCAUACAAUCCAUGCCAUUUCUUCCAUAUGUGGUGGCAUGGACAACUCUGUUGAGCGCUUGCAGGCUCCAUGGAGAUGUGGCUCGUGGCAAGCGAGCUGCAGAGCACAUACUUCGCUUAAACAUAUCUCUUGCAAUUUAG